ACAAAAGACCUUCAAUUGAAAAACAUUGGGUUGGAAUACGCGAUGGAUAAUUGGGAAAGGGUGAAAAAAGGAAAAGGAUUGACCCGUUUAUUUGCGACAUGUUUUGUUGAUCACUUGGAAGAAUUGUUUUUUGCAACUAAUAAAAGAAGUGAGAUGGCAAAAUGGCGAAUUAUUAAUUGUCCAAUCGAAACUUUUGAAUUUUUUGAUAAAAUUAAUUAA